UGUCAAACACACACUCACACACACGGUGAGAGACGUGGAAGUAGUACGCACGGCGGACAACAAGCCGCGCUUCCACCGCCGAGAACCAAAGAGGAGAACCGAGGACCGUCCGGGUCCGGCUCGUCCUCGCUGCGCUCUCGUGCGGGCACAAGUUGUGGACUAAACCCCGUGGGACUUCCGGUUCUUUUUUUCGGAGCACAAGUAACGGCGGCUGGAAGGACAGUGAUGGAGUUUCUCUGACAAACGUGCCCAGAAAGCGAGGUCUUACCCCCCCCACGUCCACCAUGCCGAUCCUCAAGCAGCUGGUCCAGUCCAACCAGUCCAAGCGGCGCUCCAGGGCCGACCUGACGGCGGAGAUGAUCAGCGCCCCGCUGGGGGACUUCCGCCACACCAUGCACGUGGGCCGCGGCGGCGACGCCUUCGGGGACACGUCCUUCCUCAGCACGCGGUCGGGCGAGGGCCCCGACGGCGAUGCCAAGCAGGGCUCGCCGGGCCCCAAGGCGGGACUCCUGGCCCGCACCUUCCGAGGCAGCCGGCGCUCUCAGUCCGUCAACCGCGGCGACAAGUACGAGUACGGCAACGUGGCGCCGGCCAACUUUGUGAAGAACGCCAUAUCCUUGCCGUACCUCAACGAGGAAGGCGGGAGAGGAGGCGUGGCCUCCAACCCCAUGAAGAAGCUGGUGGAGGUGGAGGUUAAGCCGGCGAACGGCGCCGCCGCCGCCAUCGCCACCUUCGACGCCGAGCUGGACGAGCGGAACUUCGGCGACCUGGGCGAGUUGCCCCCGUCCGUGCCUAAAGGCGGCGCCUUAAAGCACGCCGAGUCCAUGAUGUCCUUCCACAUCGACCUGGGGCCGUCCAUGCUGGGGGACAUCCUGAGCGUGAUGGAGAAGAAGGACCACGAGGACGUGGACCUGGGCUUCGAGGAAGGCAAAGGGAGCGAGGGCUCGCCGUCGCACAUCCCGCUCAUCGACGACGACGUGGCGGAGGAGCAGCAGCGGCCGCCCGCCAGGCCGCCGCGAUUGAUGUACCCCGCCGAGGCGCCCUACACCCCCGAGCUGCACGCCAGGGACGCCCACCUGGACAGCUGCUCCGUGUCCAGCGCCGGCUCGGUCUCGGAGGACAAAACGGCGUACCACCCGAGCAACCACCUGCAACACUACGCCGACACGGACAGCGCCAAGCACAGCUCGCCGCGCGGCGACGAGGACUUCUCCUUCAUGGACGACGAGGACGACGAGAUCAGAGUAUAAGCUAAGGACCCUACUAACUAACACCCGACCCUUCACUAAUAAUCACCAUACCGAGUCACGUGGACGUCGCCUACAGCCACGGGUGUUGCGGAAGGACAAAGACGGCAGCACGUGAGUUGGAUCAUUUCUCAUUUGACCGGACGUCGCUUAGAAACGCUCUUAAAGCUACGACGCACUUAAUCAUCCGAUCGAUGGUUGGCUGAACGUUAGCGGGAGACCUUGGGAUGUUUUUUGUACGUUAAAAAAACGCCGAUGAGGCAGUUUUGUGAGAAUGGAGAGGAAGGACGUGGCUUGAGUGACUUUUUGGUAGCGACCUCGCCAUCCAAUCACGCCGUCGGCUGACUUAAACCAAUCAAGAUGUUUCCCCGCGCUCGUCGUCGGGGGGGGGGGGGGUCAAAAGGAUGCCAGAAGACGUCAACUCACCGGUCGCAACAUUAGGUACGCCCGCACAAGGCAGCUUUCCCAGCAUGCAUCAUUCUUUUUAACACAUGAAUAUAAUAUAAUUACAUUUUAAUAAUAAUAAUAAUAAUAGAUUGUAUUUGUAAAAACCACUUUACAUUGAGCAAACAACCUCAAAGUGCUACAGCGUAUUAAAAGAAAAAGAUAAUAAUAAAAAUAAAAACUAGGACAAACACGCAUAAUUCUAAAAAAAUGCUUUUUUUUAAAAUAAGGGUUUUCUAAGCCUUUUUUAAAAGCAUCCACAGUCUGUGGUGCCCUCAGGUGGUCAGGGAGAGUGUUCCACAGACAGAGGUUGUACUUAUUUAUCGUUUUACAUUCAUUUUGUGGUUGUAUAGGCAGAAUGUUCGUCUCCGUUUAUAGUAACAUGCAAACUACCACCAGAUUAUUUGAAUUUAAAAAGAUAUUUUUUAUACUAUUAUAUAAAAUAAAGUAUAAAUAAUUUAUUUUAAAAUGUAUUUUUAUCAAAAUUAUCAAACAUGUGUUGUGGAUGUAAAGUCUGAAUUUUCAUUUUUAUUUAUAGUGAUAAACAUAACAAAUAUAAUGAAUUACAAAAAUGAAAACAAACAAUAUAUCUAUUUUUUAUCAUGGGUAAAAUAAAGUAUAAUUAAUUAAUUUUAAAAAUAUGUGGCAAAAUGACAAAAUACUGUAUACAGACUGUGGGAGUAAAGUCAGAAUUUGCUUCAUUAUUUAUAGAGAUUAACAUAAAUAUAAUUAAAAAAUAUAUAUAUAUAUAUAUUUGUAUAUAUAUAUAUAUAUAUAUAUAUAUAUAUAUAUAUAUAUAUAUUUUUUUUUUUUUUAACAUGGGUAAAAUAAAGUAUAAUUAAAUCAUUUAAAAAAAUAUGUGGCGAAAUGACAAAAUACUGUAUACAGACUGUGGGUGUAAAGUCAGAAUUUUCUUCAUUAUUUAUAGUGGUAAACAUAACAAAUAUAAUUGAAAAAGAAGUAUUAAAAAAAUUAUUUAACCAAAACAAUAUAUAUAUUUUUAAACAUGGGUAAAAUAAAGCAUAAUUAAAUAAUUUUAAAAAUAUGUGGCGAAAUGACAAACUACUGUAUACAGGCUGUGGGUGUAAAGUCAGAAUUUUCUUCUUUAUUUAUAGUGAUAAACAUCAAUAACAAAUAUAAUAUUUUAACUAAAGCAAUAUAUAUUUUUAAACAUGGGUAAAAUAAAGCAUAAUUAAAUAAUAUUACAAAAAAUAUGGCGAAAUGACAAAACAAUGUCUACAUAUUGUGGGUGUAAAUUCAGAAUGUUCCUAUUUAGCUAUAGUAAACUACAACCAGAUUAUCUGAAUUUAAAAAUCUUUUUUUUUAAUACUAUUAUAUAAAAUAAAGUAUAAAUAAAAUAUUUUAAAAUAUGUGUUUUUAUUAAAAUGAUCAAACAUAUGUUGUGGGUGUAAAGUCAGAAUGUUCUUCUUUAUUUAUGGUGAUAAACAGCAAUAACAAAUAUAAUAUUUUAACUAAAACAAUAUAUAUAUUUUUUUAAACAUGGGUACAAUAAAGUAUGAUCAAAUAAUUUAAAAAAAUAUGUGACUAAAUGACAAAAUACUGUUUACAUAAAUUCAGAAUGUUCCUAUUUAGCUAUAGUAAACUACAACCUGAUUAUUUUAACUAAAACAAUAUAUAUUUUUAAACACGGGUUUGUUAAAUAAUUUUUAAAAAAUGCUAUGAAUUGAUAACUGAAUUCAGAGUUCUCUCAAGCUUAAGUAGCAUGCAAACUACUUUAUUUUGUAAUGCUUACAAAUUUUUUAAAAAUAUAAUGUAUUUUUUAAAAAUGUUUAAUUGCCAUGGCUGCAAGGUGUUAGAAAAGAUCCUAUUUGGUGUACCUAAUGUUGUGUCCCACGUAGAGUAUUUAGCCUUUAUUGCUAACACUAGCAUGAUGUCAUUUUCCUCAUACGUGCGUUUAUCUUUUUUUAUUAUUUAGUUCUUUUUUUUUUGUCUCUCUCAAGGUAAAAGGGUUAAUUAAAAAUGUAAAACAUUUUUCAUUCAAAAGGAUGCUCCAUCGUUAAUGCUGGUGACUUUAUUUUGAAAAGCCUUGUGUCGCUGUUCUAUUAUUAGCAUUAUUAUAUCAUGAUGGAAAAUUGCUGUGAAAAUGAUCUGAGCUGUUUUGUUUUUGUUUUGUUUUUCUGGACAAAUGUGCAAACAUCUGCAUAAAAAAAGCAGACAAGAGCUGGAAGAUGUUUCCUCCUAUGAGUGCCAUGUUACUUUUCCACACAAUAAAUAAUAAGAUCCUUCAUUUCUUUUCAAUAACGGCUCCAUUUGUCAAUAAAAGCUGCUGAU